GUUUAACACACGGUGCGAGUUUUAUUCCCGUUGCCAUGCACGUGCAUGCAAACAAACAAAAGCUCCUAAAAUGGCGCUCACGUGGGAAGAUAAAGAAGUCCGAUUUGAUAUUCCCUUCACGGAGAUGCGGUUAAAAACCGGCGAAAAAAUCAUCGAUAGGCUGGAAAAUAUCGAAGAUACGAAAGGUAAUGGGGGCGAUCGUGGAAGACUUAUCGUCACCAAUAUCAGAGUUUUGUGGCACUCGGUGACCAGUCCUCGUGUUAAUUUGUCGAUAGGAUUCAACUGUGUUGUCACAAUCAAUACAAAGGUGGUCAAUUCAAAAUUGAGAGGGACCACGCAAGCCCUUCACAUUCUAACAUCUUCGAAUGGCACUCGGUUUGAAUUCAUUUUCACCAACUUAGUGCCAGGCAGUACGCGGCAUUUCACUUCGGUCAUGGGAGUUCACAAAGCCUACAUCUCGUCAAAACUCUACCGGGAGCUGAAGUUGCGCGGGGCUGUGAUUCACAAUAAACAAUUAAAAAUCCUGCCUCUGGAGCAGGUGUUUUCCACACUGCACGGGGUCUGGAACUUGUCGAGCGACCAAGGCAGUUUAGGCACUUUCAUCGUAACAAACGUGCGUUUUGUGUGGUUUGCUGACAUGAACGAGGGUUUCAACAUCUCUCUGCCGUAUUUGCAGAUCAGUUCUAUAAAAAUCCGCGACUCGAAAUUUGGGACAGCACUGGUUGUCACAAGUACGGAAAUCAGCGGUACGUACGUGUUAGGCUUUCGAGUGGAUCCUGAGGAGAAGUUGCGGAUUUUGUACAAGGAGUUGGUUUCGUUGCAUUCGGUUUACAAGACGAGCCCGAUUUUUGGGGUUGAAUACAAGUGGUGUAAAGGGGAGGAGCAAGCGAAUCGGAAACUGAUGGAGGAUGUAGUCGAGAUUGAGGAACCUCGGGGGGAAAUGUCGAAUGUCUUGGCGGCCUAUUUGGCCGAUGAAGGGCAUGAGAAGGACAGACCCGUGGUGUAUUCCCCCGAAUUGGGGCUCGCAAUUGAGGGAGUUAAGGAAGGGUUCACUUUGCAGAAGUUGUGGGAGGUGUUACCGUCAUAAAAACAACCAAUCGUUUCAGUACAUUUAUUCACUAUCCUACUGUGUUGUUUAUGAUGAAAUCAGAUUGUAGAAAUUUUUAUAAAUAAUAGUUGGUCUCUGCAACUACUCAAUUCAGUCAUCCAUAAUUGCAACAUCUAUGAUAAAUAGAACACUUAAGGAUAUCUACAGCAAUCUAGACAUUUAUUAUUACAUUAUCAAUAAAUAUCAAAUAA